AUGCUUCACAAGACCAAAUUUCCAAUUUUCACCAAAGAAGAAUGCGAGAGAAUAGUAAACGAAGCAGAAGACAUUGCCAGCAAGAUAGAAUGGACAAAGAACCGACACGGAAAUUUUCCUACGACUGAUCUUCCCUUGGUGGAGCUUCCAGAGACAAUGAGAUUUCUCAGGUUGGCACUUGUAGAACGAAUAUAUCCAAUGCUGAAGGUUCAAUUCGGUGAAUACCUCCCCGAUCCAUCCAAACUAAGACUGGCCGAUGGAUUUGUGGUGAAGUAUGACGCGGCUGGAGGCCAAAAAGAGUUGAAACCUCAUCGUGACGGUUCUGUUGUUUCCUUCAACAUUGCGUUGAAUUCAGCUGAUGAUUUUGAAGGCGGUGGAACAUGGUUUGCCUCGCUAGAUGAUGCCGUAAAGAUCAAUCAAGGUGAGAUAGUAAGCCACUCAUCAGCUCUCCUUCACGGUGGCCAUGGGAUAACGACGGGAAAGAGGUAUAUUUUGGUUGGCUUUGUCAUUCUAGAAGGCUACGAUUCCUGGAGUAUGCGAUUUUACAACCAAGUUAGAAAUCUGUAA